CGCGCGGGUCGGACUCGGCCGUCGGGAGGCCCCGCCACCUGCUGCGUGGCGCCUGGCCGCAGGGCCCGCGGGGCCGGAGCCCGGGCCAGGGCAGCGCCGCCCGCCGUGCAGGGAGCUGGACAUGAUUUCCACAAGGGUGAUGGACUUUAAGCUUCGGGAGGCUGCUGAAGGCCUGGGGGAGGACAGCUCAGGAAAGAAAAAGUCCAAGUUCAAAACGUUUAAGAAGCUCUUCGGGAAGAAGAAGAGGAAGGAAUCGCCUUCCUCCUCGGGAGGCAGCACCUGGAAGCAGAGUCAGGCGAAGAGUGAGGUCACUGCCAUCGAGGCAGGGCCAGUGGGCUACGACUCGGAGGAUGAGCUCGAGGAGUCGAGGGGCGCGCUGGGCGGCCGGGCCCUCUCGCAUGACAGCAUUUUCAUUCCGGAGUCGGGACCGGACCCCACGCGGCCCGUGCGGGUGUUUUCCCAAGAAAACGUGUGUGACCGGAUUAAGGCCCUGCAGUUAAAAAUACAGUGCAAUGUGAAAAUGGGGCCGCCCCCCCCUCCGGGGGGCCUCCCUGCCCAGCGGGGAGAUGACCCCGGCAUGAGUUCUGAGGACGAUGGGCUGCCCAGGAGCCCCCCAGAGAUGUCCCUGCUGCACGACAUCGGUCCCGGCACAACCGUAAAGGUCUCUUUGGUUUCCUCGUCCCGGCCGCCCUCUCCAGACCAGCCCUCCUCCAGGCCCCCGAGCGACGCCCCCGCCGGCGCCCGGACCGCGGCCAGCAGUGUGGCGCCCGUGGCUGAUUUCAGCUGCCCCCCCGAAUCCUCCUCCUGCUUGGACAACUCCGCAGCGAAGCACAAGCUCCUGGUUAAGCCCCGCAACCAGCGCUCAAGCAAAAUGAGGCGCCUGUCCUCGCGGGCGCAGUCCGAGUCCCUGGGCGACCUGACCUGCACCCCCGAGGAGGAGGAGUCCGACGAGAAGCCGGUGCCCACAGUCGGCGCAGAGGAGACGCCCAGUGCUGAGCAGCAGGCUGGGCCCGGGGGACCGGCCCCCGUGCUGCUGCCUGGGGGGCCCCGUGCCAGGCGGGCGCGUCUGCAGCACUGCCCCGCGCUCAGUGCCAGCGCUGAGGAGGAGGAAAGCCCCCCUGGGGACAACCCCUCCAGCCGCCAGGCCACCCCAGAGGUCACGGAGGUCACGGAGCCCGUGCCAGGCCCAGCCCCCUGCUUGGAGUGCCCACUUUUGCCAGAAGACUCCCCACACCCUGAUCCCGGCAGCAAACCUCACAGGGAGGAGCCAUCCCUUGAAAGCGCAUGUCCACCCUCUGAGGACGCAGCUGGUGAGGUGGGUAGUGCUUCUGGAGACGCUGAGAGUUUGUCUCCCCACGUCGCUGAGGAAGACACGGCACCUCCUGGGACCCGCCCCGCCAUCCCCUUGGAGACUCCCCCUGGUCCGGACGGGCCAGGCCACGAGGAGGCGGAAGAGGCGGAGCUGACGCUGGCAGUGCCCGGUCCCGAGGGCGCAGAGGGCGCAGAGGCAGAGUGCUCUGAGGACCUCGCCCCAAGCCCCCCAGCCUCCAAGAGCUGCUUGAAGCACAAGGCCCCGGCGAGCAGGAGCCUCAGCGUGUCCCCCACGCCGCCCGCCUCCGAGUCACCUCCACAGGAGCCCACCCCCUGUGCCCUGGACAAGGAAGCCGCCCCCCUGGAGUCCCCCAGGGCUGAGCAGGGCGAGUCCCCACAGCAGGGAGCCGGGAGGGAGGCACCGGAGCAGAAAAUCGGGAGAGGAGGCAGCAAGCCCCGGGGCGGGAAGAAGUUCUCAGUGUCCUCGGGCCGGGCGUGGCCACACACAGGCCACAGGGAGCGGCCGGCGCGCCCGGGCCCCCCGGGCCUCCCGGGCCCCACUGCCGCCCCCUCCACUGUCCGGCUGCCCCUGCUGAGGAGCAGGCCGGCCUGGAGGAGCGAGGCCGCCCUCGAUGACCCCCAGGCGCCCCCAGAGCGCCAGAACCCAAAACUGGAGCCUCAGGAGCCACCAUCACCCGCUGAGCAUGGCUCUCAGGAGUCGGGGAGCAGGGUGGCCAGCCAGGCCAGGCCCAGGCAGAACCCCCCGGAGGCAGUGACCACACCGGCCACAAGAGAGCCCCGCCCCUCCGCCCAGGAGCCACUCCCAUGUGGGGACAGGAGCCCCUUCCCCAUCAAGCUCCGGUCCACGUCUCUCUCCUUCAAACACAGAGACGUGUCCGUGCCGGAAGGGAAAGGAGUCAAGAGGUACAGUGCUGAAGUCAGGCUAGAAAAAGGAGGACUGACUCUGCUCAUAAAAGAUGACAAGUGUCACGCGGGGGCGGCCCCCACGAUUCGGGGAACCAGGUCCCCCAACGGCCAGGGGAAGGGGAAGGCCCGGUCAUCAGAGCAGAUGGGCUUCAAGCCACCCCUGCCCAGGAAGCCGCUUCUGCAAGCCCUCACCCUCCCGUCCCCGCCCGCGUGCCCCGCUGUGGGCCCCGGAGAGCUGGACAAGGCCGCACCGCCCCCGGGCCCCAGGAAGGAGAGCCGGCCGGUGGAGAAACGGCUGCCCCGCCGGGGAGCUGAGAAGGGCCUGCCUCCCACAGCAUCGGGGCCUGGAGCCGAGGGCCAGUCUGGGCCACCCUGGAUCACCAUCACCCCACAGAAGCGGCGAGGGGCCCCGGAGCAGCCACCCAACCAGGAGGACAAGCCUGGGGCCCAGACCCCGGAGCCUGAAAUAGGAAAGCCAGCCAAGGCACCCGAGAGGGCCCAGGAGCCCGUGAGGCAGGCCGACUUCAUCCGCAGCAAGUCUUUCCUGAUCACCCCGGUGAAGCCCUCCGUGGACCGAAGGCAGGGGCCCAAGCUCUGCCUCCAGGAGGGGCUGCAAAGAGGGAUCUCCUUGUCCCAUCAGAACUUGGCAGCUCAGUCGGCAGCGAUGGCGGAGAGGGAGCUGCACCAGCUGAAGAGAGCCAGCUAUGCCAGUGCAGAGCAGCCAUCCUGGAUGGAACUUGCCAGAAAGAAGUCUCAAGCUUGGAGUGACAUGCCCCAAAUUAUAAAAUAGGUUGACAGUGUGUGAUGAUAAAUGUCCACCA